AUGUCCACCGCGUCGAGGUGCCUUGCCGCUCCUCAGGCAGCAUCACCAUUGAGUGACCUCCAUAAUACAUCUCACAUACCGUCUACAGUGCCCCUGGUCGUCCAUCUUCCGCCCUUUGCCCCGAUACCCGGCGCAGAACCCCAUCUCCCCGACUUUCUUGCCCCUUUCCCCACCGCUGUCAUCAACUACCGCUGGACCGGGCCUUCCUCCCUGACGAGCUCGCAUACCGAGCCGUCGACCCAAGACGAGUUCAAGGCGCCCCUGCACUGGCCGACCCCGCUUCACGAUGUUCUCUUCGCCUACAGCUGGCUCCUCGAGAACCUCCGCCCGGAGAACCAGGCGCGCCGCGCCAUCUACCUCCACGGCACGUACCUCGGCGCCACGCUCGCCGCCGCCCUCGCCCUGACAGAGUCUCACAAGCACGAGCCCACCGCCGUCCGCGGCUUCGCCGCCUACAACGGCGUCUACAACUGGACCAUGUUUCUGCCGGACCACAAGCUCAACAAGCCCACGACCUACCGCGGCAAGACGACGCCCGUGCCACGGCCCGAAGAGGGCUCGGCACUGCACGUCCUGCGGGAUGCCCUGCCCGACCUGUUCGGUGCGCCGGUGUCGCUGUUCGACGCGUUCGCGAGCCCGAGUCUCUUCUUUCAGACGGCGGGCCUCGAGAUCCCGCCGUCGUUCACGCAGACGGUCGCCGUUGCGGGCCUCGUCGACAGGAUGGCGGCGCUGGGGCUCGAGGGGUCAGCGGCAGAUUUGAUGCCUGCGAGCGUGGCCAGGGUGCCGAGGCGCAGCGCGCUGGUGUUCCCGCCGCGGAAGUCGACGCUGGGGAUUCCCUCGACGUUGCUCGUGCAUGACGCAGCUGUCAUCGCUGCCGCGACCGCUUCCUCCACUGCGAAGCGAAAGACGACAAGCGUGCGUAGGCGCAAGGCAAAGGGCAAUCAGUUCGAGGCGCAGGCGGAGGAGCUGGCGGGGCUCUUGCGGCGGAGCAUGGAGAAGCUGGAGUUGAAAGAACGCAUGAAGUGGGACGAGGAUUUCGACGCCGAGGGGGAGAUGGAGGCGCGGGUCAAGGUCGUUGAUGUCGGUGACGGCAGCCCUCACGAGUUGGGCGCAAGGGGGGACGCGGUGGUGCGGGAAUGGCUGGAGCAGCGGAUUGCACUUUGA